ACCAGGUUUCCCACUUUUCUAAGCCAUUUGCAAUUUCCAGAUAUGGCUAGCACGCCACUGAAGCUAGGUCCUAAGAUGAGGAGGGAAAAUAGAGGAUCCUUACAAUCUGAUGAUACUGCAUUGGUGAGGCAAAUUCGGGAGACUCAUGUUCCUGGACGUUCCCACAUUGUCGAUGUGAAGCCAAUUCUACAUGUCACCGAUGAAAUAUUUCAUCGGUCUUCAGUUGUCACUGAUGGCGGCAUUCUACUUGGUGCCCAUGUAGAUUCACUGGAGGACAGGACCAGUUCGCUAGGUUAUGAUGUCUUGCUCCAAGGGUUGUCUUAUCUGAUACAAAAGAUAUAUAUCGAGAUAGGUUGCCAAUCUUGUGCUGAUGUGCAUGCAAGUACAUUGGAGUUACUAAGGUCCCUUUCAAACUACUCUUGGGAAGCAAAAGUGGUGCUAACCCUCGCUGCCUUUUCUAUCUACUAUGGAGAAUUCUGGCUUGUGGCUCAGCUUUGUGCUACAAAUUCACUAGCCAAGCCUGUGGCCAUCCUGAAGCAACUGUCAGAUUUAAUAGAGCAUGCAGCCACGGUAAAACCUCAGCUUGAGGCCAUUGACAACCUCAUCAAGGCAAUCACCAAAGUUACCAAGCGAAUUGUAGAGUGUGCCGAUAUGGUCAAGCUGCAGUCUCAGUACAUUUCUGAAGAUCAACCACCAUUGAUGACUGCUAUGGCACAUAUUCCUGCUGCAGCCUACUGGGCCAUUCGAGGCAUACUGGCUUGUGCCUCACAUAUUUCUGUUCUUACAGGCGGUAGAUAUGAGUACGUCGCAUCAACCACAGAGGUAUGGGAACUAUCAAGUCUGGCUCAUAAGUUGAACAAUAUAGAUGAGCAUCUCAACAGUGAACUUGAGAAUUGCCGUCGACAUAUUGUGGAGAAGAGAUAUGAUGAAGAUUACAAGAAUCUGAUUCACCUUUUCCAAAGCCUCCACCUUGACAACAUGAAGAACUUACGGGCACUGAUUUCCCACAAGGAUGAUGUUCAACCUCUAGUAAUUGGAAGAAGCCAAGUGCGGUGCAGUCUUGAAGUACUAAGGAGAAAGCAUGUGUUACUACUCAUAACUGAUCUUAGUCUGAGUUAUGAAGAGGUCUUGAUUCUUGAACACAUCCACAAAGAUCAACAAAGUAGGGGAGAAAUUGAGUAUGAAUUUGUUUGGCUCCCCAUCGUGGACGCAGCUCUUUGGAAUGAAGCCAAAAAAGAAAGAUUUGAGGACUUGAAGUCAAGGAUGCCAUGGUAUGCUGUGCACGACCCUUUGAUCAUUGAACCUCCAGUGAUCAAGUUCAUCAGAGACUAUUGGCAUUUUGACAAGAAGAUGAUCAUAGUGUCAUUGGAUCCACAAGGAAGGGUGUCCUCCGCAAAUGCCUUCCACAUGCUUUGGAUUUGGGGCAAUCUGGCUUUCCCGUUCAGUGAUGAGAAAGAAAAUGCACUUUGGAAUGCAGAAAGUUGGAGACUCGAGCUCGUUACUGAUGGCAUUGAUCCAGAAAUACUAAAAUGGAUAGACCAAGGGAAGUACAUAUGCUUGUUUGGAAGUGAAGACAUCGAAUGGAUUAGGAGAUUCACAGUGAGAGCCAAAGAUGUGGCAAAACGUGCAGGUAUUCCCUUGGAAUUGGUUUAUGCAGGAAGAAGCACCGCCUCAAAAGAGAAACUCUGGAAACUUAACAAAAUUAUUGAGGCUGAGAAUCUCAGUCGCACCUGGUCUGAUUACACAUCCACCUGGUUCUUUUGGUCUCGACUUGACAGCAUGAGGUGCUCAAAGGCUAAGCACCACAAGACUAUAGACGAUGAUACUAUACUGAGAGAGGUCAUGAGUUUACUUAGCUAUGAUGGAAGUGACCAUGGUUGGGUUAUGCUGUGGUUGGGCUCAGCUGAUACUGUUAGAGCUAAUGGACACCUGACUACUAGCACCCUUGACGACUUUGAGGCCUGGAAACCUGCAGCUGCUGAGUUAGGCUUUUUGCCUGAACUCAAAAACCAGCUCAAACAGCGUCACGAGCCACAUCAUUGUACUCGUUUGAUCAUUCCUGGGUUCGGUCCAGACAUUCCGGACAAAGUGGUGUGUACCGAGUGUGGUCGUGAGAUGGAGAAGUUCUUCAUGUUUCGCUGCUGCACCGAUUGAUAUCUAGUUGUCAUCUGCUGUUUCAUUGUGACAAACCAUCUCAGACCUGUUAUGCUACUACUUAUGAGUUGUGUAGUCGAGCUACUUCCCUAAGAGCUAAAACCAUCUGUGGUUGUGUUAUGUGUAUUUAAAAUAAACUUGUUUGUUAGUUUGUGAACUAUAUAUAUAGCUAGGACUCUUGAGCACAGUUAGGGCUGUUGAGUCUAGGCUGCUUGGUUUGCUGUAAGACUAUGUGAAAUAAUAGUGCUUGAAACACUCUUCAGUAAUAAAAUUACUCCUCUAAUAUCC